AUGUCACAGGCGCUGGCUAGUCUGAUCUACUCUGCGAGCACUCUGCACGCCGCGGUCAACUUCCCCCAGACGACCACAAUAUCCUUCGCGCCCAGCAACCCCGCUUCUGUCUACGUGCCACCCCCCACCGACAAGGGUGUGAACACUUACCGAAGCGUCGCGAGAUUUCGGCUGGGUGACUACGAGGCGAACCAGUUCAGCGACCAGCGUGUGCUAGCGCCACUCGCCAAGUCCCAACAGGCACUCGAAGACAUCGAAACCGAUAUGGUGGACGAGUAAGUCGGCUAGCCAAGCUAGAUGGAAAAAAUACUCGAAAACCUAUCUGCAGUCUAAUGUACCAGGCGAACCUCUCAUAAGAAGGUGCCACUUGGGUUGACGCUAUUGGUGGACUCUGCGGCCAAGAGGUUCCGGUCGCACAAGAAUGGCAGAGUUUGACGUCAUUUUAUCGAGGCCUCCAGACUUGACUCGGAUUGUAGAAUGCGGACCGACAACGGGAGGGUUUCGCUGUACCGGGGACUCCCAUGUGAUUGUGCGUUAUCAUGUGUUGACAAGGAGAGUACCUCGGCAGAAGUCAAUCCUGGUUUCGUUCCUUAGCGAGAAACGGUGCAGGCUUCACCAUGUCAACAAAGACUUGCUCUCCCUUUGUGGGAGUUGAGCUGUCUGAUCUGAGUUGACCAAUUCGCGUCGCAAUGCUUUACCUACACACACGGCGAACAUGACGUUCGCGAUGGGCAUGCCGAAGAGCGUUCCAGUCGAUGACCCAUGUGAACUACCACUGUUUAUCCUGUAGUUAUGAAUGCAACAAUGUAUGUGUACCCUUUCCGUUCAUCGACGUGCGCGCACACGGGUCAAUAAGU